UUUGGAGAUGUGCUUUCCGUCGGCGAAAGUUAUUUUGUGCCAGUUCCAUGCUAUCACCUAUUGGAAGAAGCUCCUGCAAAAACGAAAAUACAACGUCAAAGUUGGCCAAAGAGAUGAAAUCAUAAAGCUUUUCAGAAGAGUGAUGUUCAGGUACGAAGCAUGCGGACAAACAUCAUAUAUUUUGAAAAUACUGACAGACCUGUGUUAUGUUUUGCGGUAACUAGUCCCACCAAAUCGCUGUAUGCGACGGCGUACGAUGCGUUUGCAAACUUCUGCAAGAGAGAGUGCCCAAAAAUUCCCGCCUACUUUGAUAGGAACUGGGAGUCAUGUCGUGAAAUGUGGGCAAACCAUGCACGAGGUCUUGUU